UCACAAAUCCCAAAAAAAACAGUCCACCCCAAAAGGCCAAAACAAGAAAAAGGUCAAUCGGUAAUUUGCAUAGGAAUUGUAUUCACUAAUUAAAAUAGUCCUAGAUGGCUAGAUAUUGAUCAAAAGUGUCCAUAUUUUUAAUUGUCAUUUUUAUUUCUUUAGCAGAUUGAUAUUGAUAUCCGCAAUAUCAUAUUUUCAAGAAAACGAAGUAUAAAAUUCUCAACCUUGAUUAUAUGUAUGGCUAGGAAUGGUGAAGUUUACAAUAAUUGGAAGGGUGAGAGAUGGAAUGGCACUUGCAGCAGGUAAGAGAUAUGUGAAUGAAGAAAAUGAUUCUUUCACCACUCACAAGCAACAAGCAGAGUUCAUUCUUCAAGAAAUCUCAAGAGGGUACUUGCCUUCUUCCAACAUGACCAUUCGUGUAGAUCACCAUUACUUCAGGAUUAUGGUUGAAAGUGGGGUAUGUUUUAUGACACUGUGUGACUCAUCCUAUCCAACAAAGCUAGCAUUCCAUUACCUCAAAGAUUUACAGCGCGAGUUUGACAAGUUGGAUAGGACACUUAUGGAGAGAGUUUCUAAUCCAUAUAGCUUCCUAAGACUUGAUACAAUCAUUGGCAGUGUUAGAAAGAAAUAUGUUGAUACAAAGACACAAGCAAAUAUACUAAAGAUGAAAACUGAAAUUGGAGAAGACUUAGAUGUCAUUACAGAUGAUUUGUCAGAUAUAAUUGCCCGAAAGCAAAAGCAUGAGAUUCUGGAGAAAAUGAAAAAUGCUAACUUGAGUGAUUCUCCAAUCUGGGGUUCAAAAAUGCUUGAGAUCAUUGCUGUGAAAUGGAUUCCCAUUGGCAUACUUGUUAAUGUAGCUGUUCUUCUUCUUUGGAGCAGUUUUGUUUUCAAGGAUGAAUUCCAGUGAUUGAUCUUAAAGACUACACUAAUGUUGUAUAGGUUGAAAUUAUGAAGUAGUCACAUACUCACAUCCUCACAUGAGCAGUGGUAAAAGAAAACCAUGAGUCUCCCCUUGAUAUAUGCAAUGUCCAUAUGGAAUUUCCACCAAAUACCCUCUCUAUGUAUAUGAAUUCAAAAGGAGUUUUUUCAUUCAUCAACCCUAGCACUAUGAAGGUGACAUUGUUGUCUUAGAACUAUUCUUGAUGCAUCCUUCGUUUAUGUAAUGGAGAAUGAGUAAAAUUAGAAUUACAAACUGUAAAUAAAAAAUGAUAAAAACUCUCUUAUAUAAACUCCGCGCAAUUGUAAUACUAUCUUCCAUUUUUUUGUUGC